UCUCUUCCCAACAUAUAUAGUAUAAAAGUCAAAAAUCCCUUAACCUCUUUGGACUUUCUCACAUAAUCACAUUCUUCCUCAAAUCCUCUUGCGCUGUCGCCGGCUCUGUCUCCACUGCCCUGUGACGCCGGCGAUUCUCCGUCUCCUCGCCUCCUCAGCUAGUCGGAUCCUCCGUCUGCUCCACGGCUCGUCAGCUCCAGCCUCCAGUACUCCGCGAUUGAGCCGUGAGCGAGUCCUGAGUCCGCGUCUCCUCCGUCUCCACCGGCCCCUCUAGCGACGCCCGGUGACUCCACCGCUCCAGUCCUCCGUCACUCCACUCUCCUCGCCUCCUGCGGACUGCCUCACUGCCCAGUUGAUCUUAAGACUUCAGCAAAGACAUAAGAUUAAGGAGAAUGGGCUAUGCACAGCUUGUUAUUGGUCCUGCAGGCAGUGGAAAGUCAACUUACUGCUCAAAUUUGCAUCGACAUUGUGAAGCCACACGACGAACAAUCCAUAUAGUGAACUUAGAUCCUGCAGCAGAGAAUUUUGACUAUCCAGUGGCUAUGGACAUCAGGGAACUGAUUUCACUGGAUGAUGUUAUGGAGGAACUACAUCUAGGCCCUAAUGGUGGCCUUAUUUAUUGCAUGGAACACCUUGAAGAAAAUUUGGAUGACUGGCUAACAGAGGAGUUGGAUAAUUAUAUGGAUGAUGACUACCUAGUUUUUGACUGCCCAGGUCAAAUUGAACUCUUCUCACAUGUUCCUGUGCUAAAGAAUUUUGUGGAACACUUAAAGCGAAAGAAUUUCAAUGUCUGUGUAGUUUACUUACUUGAUUCUCAGUUUAUCACGGAUGUGACCAAAUUCAUUAGUGGUUGUAUGGCUUCCCUCUCUGCGAUGGUUCAACUUGAAUUGCCUCAUGUCAACAUUCUCUCAAAAAUGGACCUUGUGACAAAUAAAAAGGAUAUUGACAAUUACUUGAAUCCAGAGCCUCAGUUGCUAUUGGCAGAUCUGAAUCAGCGCAUGGCUCCACAAUUUCAAAAGCUUAACAAAUCUUUAAUUGAGUUGGUGGAUCAGUAUAGUAUGGUCAGCUUUAUGCCGCUUGAUUUGAGGAAAGAUAGCAGUAUACAAUACAUCCUGUCACAGAUUGACAACUGCAUUCAGUAUGGUGAGGAUGCAGAUGUGAAGGUCAAAGAUUUCGACGCCGAGGAGGAUGAUUAAACCUUCAUGUUUUUGGUGGUUUCGGAGAAGUUAAAAAUGCUUUUUUGAAGCCAUUGGGUGGCAACCCUAGUGAACGAUGGACUAACGAUUUUGCAACUUUGUAUCUAAGUGUUGUUAUAUGUCAAACUUACUGCUAAUUUGUGGAGCCUAUCACUUGCUUAAUAUUUGGAAGUGAUCUCAUAUUUGUUCUUUCAAGUUGCCCGACAUUGUAAUUGUCAUUGGUUCCAAAAGCUUAAAAUUUAUUGUACCAUAUUAGAAGGGUUGAGCUUAACCUAUAAUUUCAGAGUCCAA